AUGACAGAUAGUGAAAAUACAAGCGAAGAGAUUGGAAAUGAAAUACGUGAAGCGCAUCAAUCGUCCGGUAAAUCAGUGGAUAUUCGCAUCAAGCAUCUUUACAGAGCUCAAGAAUUGCUACUACAUAGAGAUAAAAGCAAUUCUCUUCUUGACAAUUUUCUCGAUGAAAUGCUCGAAUUUGUAGUGGAAAAUGACUCGAAAAUGCGUUGUUUCGUUGCAUCCUUUAUUGAAAAAGCUUGUAAAAAGGAUUGCGAAGUAAUGAAAAAGGCUGUUGUCUCGCUAUCAUAUCUCAUUCAAGCUGCUGGUGUGGGAAUGGUUGCCGUUAUCAAAAAGGUAAUCACAGUAUGUUCGCAGUUAUAUCCAUUUAUUUUAAAAUGGGCAGCUGGAUCACGUAGUGCUGAGAUUGCGCGAUGUUGGGAAGCUUUCUCAGUACUGAAAGGACGUAUCAUGCAGCACAUUGAUUCUGAUAACGAAGGCAUACGCACUCAAACUAUUAGAUUUUUGGAAGCUGUAAUCCUUGCUCAAACACUGCGAACUGAGGAAAGUGAAAAAGGUCGUGGUGAUAAUAUGUGCUUAAACGAGAUUGGUCGCGACCAUCGAUUUAUCUCAUAUCGUAAAAUGGAGAGUGAAGCGACGCUAAAUUUCAAUUCGUUGCUUGAUCAUAUUUCUUCGGCACAUAUAUCCUCGCUUAACUUGUUAACUUGUCUAACUUGUAUCUGUAAUAUCGCUCAACAGCGUCCACAGUUUAUGCAAAGAGUUGUUGGAGCUCUGGAAUCUUUACACGUUAAUCUUCCUCCAACUUUGGCAACAAGUCAAGUGAAAAGUGUACGCAAGGAAUUAAAAAUGCAUCUUCUACGCCUUUUGCGACAUUCUAGUAGCGUUCCAUUUCACCCAAGAAUAAUGACAUUAUUAACAGAUUUAGGAGCUGCGCAAUCGGAGGUUUUACGCGCAUUACCUUCUGCGAGUGAACAGCGUAAAAAGUCUCAUCGACAUAAUGAGAGUAGCGACGAACCGGAAACAAAGAGAAUGAAAGGUAUCGGAGAAACUCUGGCAGUUGCUGAAAAGGAAGAUGAUGAGGAAUACGAAGAUGAGGCUGGUCCAAGCAUACCGAUCGAAAAAAGUCAAACCCAGUUUGCUGUUGAUAUUACUGCCCAAUUUGUAUACGAACGAUUGAAACCAAAAUUGGUUACAAACUUGGUUCUUACAUCCCUUGUAACACUUCCGGACGAAAUGCCUGCAGCAUUCCAGUCGUCAUACACUCCUAUUGCUGCAGCUGGUACGGAAAGUCAGAUUCGGCACUUAUCACGGAUGAUUGCGACACAGUUAACUAACAUGGAGUUAGGUCCAGGAAUCGAGAAAAUUCGGGCAGAAAAACAACAGUAUAUCGCACGUCAAGCCGCAAAAAUGGAAGGUGCCGUUAUCCCAUCCGCUCCACUGCAUCAAUUUCCUUCUGUGCAGCAAAAUCAAGCGCAGCAAUCUGAAUCUGCGUUGUCAGCAAAAACUAGACCAAAGAUUCAGUUUGGAUUGCUUUCUAUUACUAAAGAAUUAGAUCGAGAACAAUCGCUGAAACUUAUUCUUCUUGCAUUUCAAAGGAUAUUAGCCAAUGAAAAAAGAGCAAUUCAAGGCGGUGUAGGUGUUGCACAACAGAAAUUGUUGAUCAGGCUUGUAACUCGUCUCGAUCAUGAUUCAUGUGAUGACUUUGAAAAUCUACUCAUGAUGUUUAUUGUACAAGAACAGAAGUCACGAACUGAACUGGCAUUAUUGUGGAUAGCAGAACUUUAUGCGCAGUAUCAAGGGUAUUCCGUAUGCCGGACUUCUUAUGCCACAGAUGGAUAUCACAAUGAAUCUCAGCGUUACAAACGUUACGAUGCAGUUUUGUGCAAUUUAUUAAGGACAUUAUAUGAACGAGGAGAACACAAAGAAACUUUAUUCCAUAAGAUCUUACUAGAAGCACCUUUGCUAACACCGCAGUCUCUUGUAUGGUUACGAACUGCUUGUCUUGAUUCGGUAUUUGGAGCAUUUGGAAUGACAACAUUACGUGAACUAAUUUUAACUCGAGCAAGACAACGAAAUGAAUUAUUGUGUAUACUUCUAGAUUUUUCAUAUAAUGACAGAGCCGAUGUCCGUACACAAAGUGUUGAAACGGCGAAAGAACUAUAUCAGAUCGAUUACGUCAGGGGAGAUGUCAGGGAAUAUUUGGUUUCUUCAAUAAAUUAUUGCACAAGACCAGUCCCGCCUGCGCAACUUAAUACCUAUGAAAAAGAAAGUACCACAUCUGACUGGGAUGACGCAUCAAUACGCAUUACCUUAAACUUAUUUUUAUCCAUUCUUCCUCUUGACCAUUCACUGAUACAUACUUUGGCUGCUGUUUAUGCGAAAUCUUCAAAUGAUAUCAAGCGAGUUACACUGCGCACAAUUGAUAGUGCUAUAAAGUCAAUGGGUGCAACAAGUGAGCAUCUUUUAGAAAUGAUUGAAAAUUGUCCACAAGGAGCUGAAACAUUCGCUGCUAGAAUAGUACAUCUUCUCACUGAAAGGAAUCCUCCAACUCAAGAUCUUGUAAAUAGGAUAACUGCUCUGUAUGAACAGGGAAGAACCGAUGUUCGCUCAAUGAUACCAGUUUUGAGUGGUCUCGAUAAGGAUCAAAUAUUGAGCAUUUUGCCUAAGUUUGUUCUCACGCCAGUUAAUCAAAAAUCAGUACCUAUUGUAUUCAACAAACUCUUGGCUGGAAGGAGUAUUAAAACUGGCCUUCAUCCAAUGGGUGCAGGUGAACUACUUGUGGCGCUGCACAAAAUUUGUGCUGAAAACAAAGAGGAGAACGAUUUAUUGUUGCAGAAGCAUAGUGCAUUUUCAGAUAUUGAUGUCUUAUUAACACAACUGACGGCAACAAAGGAUGCUAUUGGUUCAGCAAUUGAUCAGCUUUGUGAUGAUGGAAUCUUCUCAGAAACAUUAUUUUAUACUGUUACACGUUCACAUAAAAUUUUUCCCGCUCUAGGUGGCUUUAUUUCAAAUGUAUUGGUGAAAAUUGCGAACAAAAAACCAUGGAAAAAUGAUCCUAAUUUAUGGCCUCAUUUUGUACGCUGUGCUGUUGCAAAUGCUCCACAUUCCUACUUCGCAAUACUAACAGUUUUAACAAAUCAUGAAUUUGAUGAGUUGUUGCAACAAUCGCGAAAGGAAGGUACUGAUGUGUUGGGGUCAUUACGAGAUUAUGUUCCAUCAUUAUCGGCACAUCAGCAGAAGAAAAUUGAUCAUCAUGUUCGAGAAAUUAUUAUGGAAUAUCGACCGGAUAGAUCGGAAAACAAGGAGAAUGUUUAA